UCUUUCUGGGGGGGGUUGUUGCACGUCUCGUGCGCCAGAGUACCGGAAGAUCUUACGCAUGUAUCUUCAUCGUGUCGCGAGCUUUUCCAUCGCCUCAUCGUGCUUUUCAGUGAAAGUGAAACGUCUCAUCGUACCCGCGUUGCGAUAAAAGUGUCGCCGGCCUCCCAGACGUUUCUUUUUUCCCCCCUUCCUCGCCCGAUGAAGUGAUGAAAACGGAGCUCUAGCUGCUCGCAAGCAUGAUACCUUCACCAGGUGGCGCGGUGGUUCUUCGAAUAAAAAACGACCGUUUACCUCGUUAACGUAACGAAACGCGUGCGAGCGACCGAGAAUAAUCCAAAUCCACGAUUCACGAGGAUUCGAGAAGUCAAAGAAGAACAAGAAAAAAAAGAAUCGUCGUGCGUUUUCUCGAGAUCUUUGCCAGAAAGUGGGGACAAGUUUGAACGAUCGUUGCUGGGAACAAAUAUAGAACACGUUCCUACGGAUUUGCUUACGAUUUAUCCCUACGGAUGAUGAUCGGCCCGUCGAUGCGACAGAUCGAGAACGUACGCUGCAGUUCCGGUGGGGUCGCCGGAAGUAGCUGAGCGUGACGGCGGCAGUUCUAACGGAAAAACGUGGGAACUUGUGCUGCGGCUCUACUCCUCAUUAGCUAACCUAGGCGCGUGUUAAACCACGAUCAUCUCGUCUAAACGUCUAAAACGAAAUAACGGACAAACGUUCUCUCUUUCGUCCUCUAGAAACAGAAACAGAAGACAGAGGAAACUUGAUAGACAGGGUAUAUUCUAUAUCGUAAGUCUAAUCGAUGCUUGAAUCGAGGUCGAGGAUAAUCGAGUUGAACAAUCGACAAACGAUCCUAUCUCUCUCUCUCUCUUUCUCUUUUUUCUCCCCUCUUUUUUCUCUCGUUGUAAUUGAAAUAUCUAAGCGACGAGUUGAAACUAAAAAAGAAACAAGAUAUCCAAACGUUCUUUCGGGUAUCAGUCGACCGAAUUUUUGACGCUCGCGAGGAAACAGAUUUUCAUCGGAGUAACGGUUUCCUUUCGACGGUUUGCGGUCGAAAGGCUUUUCGUUUCGUUCGAAGGCUCUGAGGGGGGAGGGGAGAAAACGUUCUCUCUUAAUCCUGUCUUGUGACAGUGCUCGACCAAGCGAUGAAAUUUGCACCCUGUACGAGCUACUUGCUUCACCUUUCGCGAGAAGGAGCUCGUAAUUGAGAGGAGUAUACAGAAGAACAAAUAGAGUCAAGUAUCUGUUGAAGACACCAGAAAUGUAGCAAAGGUGGAGUGUUGGUUCAGUACAAUGUUCCUGGGGCGAUUCAGAAACUUGUCUCUCUGCCCGCGAACGACUCGGUGGGACGCGAACUCGACCGAACCGCGUGUGAAUAAUCGUGAAAUCAGGUAUUCGUCAUCGAUUAAAAAUAACGAGCCACGGAGGGAGGACACGGCGACGAGGAAUUGAAAAAAACCGGCGUCCAUCGCGCGGACAGCGAAUGAUACAACAGGAUACACAGUCGCUCCCCACACUGGUCUAUUCGUAAGGUAGGACGUAGAGACAAGAGAGACGACCGAGAGAGAGUGAGUCGCGAUCCCACUCUCGGUAGAGUUCAUGACGUCAACCUCGGAGGCUAAGUUGUACGACCAGUUUGAACAGCUAGCUCGCGGCAAGAAGGGAAGAAAAAGAAGAAGAAGAAGAAGAAGAAGAGGCGUCGUCAGUGGUCCUUUUCGCCUGUUCCUCGAAUCCGUCCCCCGAUACGUCGACGUUUCUGCCGGUUGUAGCCCUUGACGCCAUGGCUAUUCGAAAACUAAUCGAAAGGCAAGCUCUCGCCUUCAAUUUUCAUUGAGGUUUGUCGAUGAAACUUGCGUCUGCCUGGGACUAGCGGUGACGAAAGAAGUAUACACCUGGUGAUAAGCAGAGAGGUGCGCGAAGUUGUGCAGCGUCUGCUCGCGAUGGAACUCGGUCGUUCGGUGACGGUGCCUUGGUCGAUCGGGAAGCCCCCACGGUUAUCCGCCUUCUCAGUGCUACACCUUUGCUCGAACGCCACGGUGUCUCAUCCAAUCGAGCAAAUUCACGGUAGCUCGAUCGAGUAACAGUUUCGCGACAGUGGGAAAACGAUAUUUUGUCAAAUUCUGAGAUCAAGCAAAAUCGUGAAUUGGCAGCUCCUUGUUUAUCGUAAUUCAUUAAUCAAAGUCGUAGUCUUUCCACUACUGUACGUCAAAAUACACCAGAGAAGUUUCGUGCAUUGAUGAAAAAGUGAUAAAUCUGCUCCUUUUUUGAGAUCAAAGAAACAAAGUCACUGUUACUCGCGAAAUUCUAAAAAAUUCUCGAAAAUAGCUUCGUUCAAAUCGAGUAUGUUUUAUGAUUGAGUCAUAGGUGAUUUGAUUGAUGAUAUUGUGAUAGUUUGACAAAAGAAUUUCCAAUGAAAAGAAUCGCAACAGUGCGAAAGAAAGUGCACGGAGGAGAGAUCGAACGACGAUAGAAGAGGAGACGUAAAGGAAGGAAAGAAGUGCACGGUUAUACGUUCGAUGAUAUCGUUAGUGUGUGCACGGUGCACGGAGGGAAACAACCAAGCGACGAAACGCGGGACGUUGUGUUUGGAUACUCGGCGUGGCCGCUACUGCGCGUCGUGAAAACAUUGUGAGGCCCUGAAGGAGAAAUGGGAAACCAUCCAUCCGCCCACCAACCGCUCGAGAGAGCUACCAGCUACGCUGGGAAUGGUCUUCGCCUCUCGAAGCGCGAGAAAUCGCCGGGAAAGAGGAUGGACCGACUACGACGGAGUUUCCGCGAUAGCUUCCGACGGCGAAAAGAUCCCCACGUACCGGAAUCGAGUAAACCGCAUCAAUGGCAGGCAGAUGAAACGGCUGUUCGCUCAGCUACUUGCGCUUUCCACGUUAAGUACCUAGGAUGUGUCGAGGUGUUCGAGUCAAGGGGUAUGCAAGUGUGCGAGGAAGCUCUGAAAGUGCUCAGGAAUUCGAGACGACGGCCUGUACGCGCGGUGCUGCACGUGUCGGGGGACGGUUUGCGGGUCGUCGAGGACGAGACAAAGGGGCUGAUCGUCGAUCAGACGAUAGAAAAGGUUUCCUUUUGCGCUCCGGAUCGAAAUCACGAGAAGGGGUUCAGUUACAUCUGUAGAGACGGCACGACCAGGCGGUGGAUGUGUCACGGUUUCCUCGCGUUGAAAGAGUCGGGAGAGCGUUUGAGUCAUGCAGUGGGCUGCGCUUUCGCUGCCUGUCUGGAAAGGAAGCAACGAAGGGACAAGGAGUGCGGUGUCACGAUGACGUUCGAUUCGAAGACUUCAACCUUCACCAGGAGCGGCAGUUUCAAGCAUCCGUCUCUGACCGAACGUUUGCAGGAUUCGCGCGAGCGUGCCGUGGAUGUACCUCCUAUGAAGCAAGUCUACAAUCCUUUCGCGAUCGAGAGGCCGCACGCCACUCCCUCGAUGCUCGAACGACAGGGUUCUUUCCGCGGUUUCACGCAGCUGAACCAAGCGUCGCCGUUCAAGAGACAACUCAGCUUACGGAUAAACGAUCUUCCUAGUAAUUUCGAACGUACACGUAGCCACAGUCUCGAGCCGACGGACUUGUCACGGUUGCCCUCUGCUAUGUCUCACAUCGUACCUUUGAAGCCACCGGAAUUCGAAGGAUAUGACGAAGUCAGUCCGAUACCUGAAAUAUCGCCUGGUGGCCAAGACAGUGUAUCAGCGAUGUGUCAGCAGCUUUCACAAGGGCUUUCUCUUCUUUCAAGCAGCGACGACUUUGGACCAAUUCCUACGCAGAGCAGUACAAGCUCUGUUGCUAAGCAACUGUUCAGUAGCACCACUGCUAACAAAACUCCACCAGUGACGAGCAGUAACUCCUUGGAUGAAUUAAAGCUGCAAAACGGUCCAAGUCUGAACAACAACAACAACAACAACAAUAACAACGACAAAAACGACGAUCUCAGUAAUUUGAACCACGUUGGACCCAGCUGGCAGGAAGCUUCGUCGCCCGUUCUGGCAUCGAAUCACAGGCUCACGCCGAUUCUAAACAAAACCAGCAACAUCAGCCCCAUUCUUCCAAGGACGAACGCGCCUUCGCCGAUAGUUAUGAGCACUCCCGCACCAACCACUACCGUAGGUGUCUUUGGGACACCGCCUUCGGCCAGCCCGGCCUUUAGCACCGCGUCUACGUCUUCCUUAGGGAACGCGUCCACCACAGCUGUGAACAGGUCGUCGAUACCAGUGACUUCUUCGAUAACACCGAAAACGAGUUCACCGACCACCAGCGUGGCGUCUGUCUCUCCGGCUCUCUCUGGCAGUAUUAUCAACGAUACCAGCCAGAUUAGCCAAACUCCAGUACCCAAUACUAUAUCCACACCAGCGGUGCAGCCAGUUUCAACGACAGCCACGUUGCCGAAACCAGAGCAGUGGCUAGGUAGUAUAACCAGUUCGGUGCCAUCUUCAGUGCAAUCUCCUUCUCAGGGGCAAACGAGCCCUCGACGAGCGCCACCGCUUCACGCGCGAGCCUUGUCGCUCGGUUCAGCAGCGAUGGGACAGGCAACCAGGACCGGUCCCUCGGAUCCCUUCGACGCGGAAUGGGCAGAGAUAGCGGCGAGAAACCUGAGGCAAUCGAGCACGACGAACCCCUUUAUAAUGCCAAACGCCACCCAAGCGUUCCAGGUACAAUUGUAGCGCCAGGAGUUCGUCAACAGCGUGGCCAAGUACUUCCGUUCGAGUACAUAGUGACGGCCCCACGUCCGUUCUCCACGCUUCGAUCUCUCGCAUGACCGGAAGUAUUACACGUAGAACGCUUCAACCUCUGACGGAGUCGCGAGGAUUCUCUGGCAAGAGGAUAGUAUUCCGGUCGGGACGAGACAUUGUAGAUUCCAAGCAUCGUACUUGGACGUAACGAAGAUUCUUCGAAGAGGAAACGAAGAGGAGCGGCGUAUCGAUCUCGAAGAGAUAUGUUUAGUAGCAAUGAUGAUGUAGCAGCAAAUGAGCACAAAACACGUACCCGCAAAGAAGCGUCGUUUCUUCUUUUUUUUUUUUUUCUUUUUUUUUUCUUUAGACGUUAGUAGAUUACGCGCACACAGCCUCGAUGACCUCGAAAAUUUGGAUACGAGAGAGGAGGGACAGAGAACUUGUUAGAAUCGUGUCUUUGGGACCACGCGCCCUGAUCGCGUUGGCAAACGUGGAUUUUAUUUGGAUACAAGGGGUCCAGGUCGGCCGAUCGAUCUGGAUCGUACGAUAACUGUUUCUAGAUGUCGUCGCACAUUGUUCGCAGAGGAAGCUAGAUUACCAUCGCUCUGGUAAUCGAUAACAUUAAACUUAAAUGUCUGUCACUGAGAGUACUUAAUCGAAACGAGGUGCAACAGUAAUCUCGAGUAGUUUAGACUGAAUACGGUUAUCGUCGUUCUCUGCAUGAUGAAGAAAAAUUUCUACGCACCCAAGAUUAUGCCGCACCAAUCUGAUGUUUUGUCGAAAAUAACAGUAAAAGAGAAAAAAAAAAAAAACGCCGAAAAAUAUAUAUAUAUAUAAAAAUAUAAAUAUAUAUAUCGUAAAAGAUAUAACGAUAAAUUAAAACACGAUGCUGGUAGCAUGGUCCGCUCGACGAAAAAAAGUUGUUAUUUUCCUUGUCGAAUGGUCGAUGGGCGGGCAACGUGUACGAAUGAAAAAUUCUGUCGAACUUACCCGGCUCGAGGUAUCGAGGAAUUGACGAGCAAGAGGAAGAAUUUAGAUAGAAGAGUAGAUAGAAAGAGAGAGAGAAAGAGAAGGACACCGACGUGUGUGCAACCCUUGGCCAUCGAUUUUAGGCCACUGAAAAAUUUUCAAUAGAUCUCGUUUUUUUCUUUUUUUUUUUUUUUAACGUUAUCUAGAGAACGUAUUCACUCGUUCAUUGGGACUCGACACUCGACUUGAUUUAGCGGGUUUGCAAUUUCGGUGAAAAUACAAAAAUACACUGUCCUAAUUCGAUAGCCAGGCGUUUGCGACACGACUGAACACCAAAAUGGCGGACUGUGAUACACACGCGAGGAGAUGUGGCGUGGCCAGUACUUAAACGCGAUGGACGGGAAAUUCGGCCGGUUGUCGCAAAUCUUUUGCUCAGAAAAAUAAAAAAAAAAAAGGAAAAAAAGAAAAAAAAAACAGAUGAAUUGCUGAAAACUUUCCGUCUGGUAAACGUGAAAGCAAGCGAGCUUGGGUUAGCGCAGAGUCUAUCGUUCCUUAGCCGACAGAAUUAAUCACACGAAUCCUAAAUACACGCAUACACACAACUUAGGGUACUUACGAGCAAAGAUUAGAUGUUAAAAAAGAAAAAGAAAAAAAAAAAAGUUUCUAGAGUCAGUACGUUACACGCUAUCGUUGUCUAAAUAUCUAAAUAUGUAAUACGAGCAGUUCGAGCUUUCCAGCGGCCACGAGGAAACACGCGUGAGAUACAGACUAAAGCGUUCGCAACGUUUGUUUGGGCGACGCCGUAGCCUGUAACGCAAGUGAGAGUUUGACAGAUUUGAAGUUUUUUUUUUUUUUUCUAAAGGAAAAUUUGAUCUGCGUUGUAUAUUCUAUUGCACUGUCUGCAUCGUGCAGGCGUCGCAGACAUUGUCUGCAGACAAAUAUCUACGUUACAAGGUUUCUAUAUACUUGCGGAUCUGCACAAUCUCACGAUAACGCGUUGUAGAAUGCAAAACGGAAUAUCUGUAAAACGUCGCCGUUUAGGAGAUAGUUCACGCAGCUAGAACGCUUGCAGAAAGGUGCUUCCACUUGAAACCACACAGAGAGAGACAUAAAUUGGAAAAGUAGAUGCAAGAGUGACGAUGAGAUACUCUGCAAGGCUCGUACUUUCCGCGAGCCAACACGAGAGCAACGAUACACGGAGUGACGUUCUGACGUGAACUUACAGCACUGUACGGUUUGUUAUAUAGUUAUGUCGGUGUUGAAACGAUUACGGAGGCAUUGUCGGAUGCUCUCCACGUCCUAUAUAUAAAGAUGAACAAUGAUUGGGGUUGAUGUUGUGUCUUACAAAGCUUCUCUGAGUCUUCAGUUGACGAUCGAGCUUUUCGUUUCUCCAAGUAUACUGUAAUCGAUGAUGAUGAUACUCAACCCCUUGCCGUGUACGUUCUCACGUUCAAAGAGGAACGAGGCAUAUAGUUAUUCCCUUUGUUUUUGAAAAAAAGAAAAAAAAAAUGGAAAUUCUUGGAAAUUGGUUUGACCGAAGGCUUGAGUAGAAAGUACAAAGUACGUAGAAGCUCUUUGGAAAAGAUCCAGAUGAGAAGAACAGGAGACGAGGGCAAUUUACAAAGUAACUGUUUGCAGGAGAUUUUUCUACUCACGUAAGAAUAAUAGAAGAGGACCGCAUUUGUAUCAGACGGCAUUUUAAUUACUUAAUUUAAUGGAAAACGCGUGUGCGUGAUAUAUUGUUGAAUUGGUCUUGAAAAUAUUCUUAUAGUUCACACACACAUACACAGAGUUCUCUCAAAUGCCCUUAUCCCGUGACAAAUGUGAUAAAUCCACUCUUCAGACUUUCCUCAACCGUGAAGAUUCAGAAGGCAUGAUACCAAAAUGCCAUAUGUCACGUCACGUUGCGAGGGGUUGACGUCGAACGAGGGGCAAGAAGAAGGAGGUAGAAUGAUCUCUCGUCGCCGACGAGAAUGAGGGUACGUGUUCGAUCGUUGUUUGAACGACGAAUCGUGUGUGUGCAUCGUAUGUAAAUAGUAGUUAUUUAAAAAAGCAGAAAAGAGAAAGAUGACGAAUAGAAAGGCACGGAUAGAGAGAGAGAGAGAGAGAGAGAGAGAGAGAGAGAGAGAGAGAGAGAGAAAUUGAACGGGUAAAGAAAGAGAAGAAGAGUGAGUGAAGAAGCGUGCGUGUAUGAAUGUUGAGUAAGAAGAGAAUGUUCACCGAGCCGACGAUGAUCCUAAUGCAAACGGAAAUGACGUUCUUCGUUGCCGAGAUUUUUCGUUCGAGUUGUAAUUCGUAAGUUGUCCUUGUAAAUAGUUCGUUUAGCGUUUCUCAGCACAAAUCGCGUCAUUACUUCUAUAUUUUAGGAAUACUUUGUACUCGAUGACAGUGCGUAUGCACGGAUCUGCUCGGAAUGGAUUCGGUCUGCUCGAAAUUUUUUGGCCCUUCUCGUUCGUUUCGCGCGAGCUGGCAUCGGUCUUUGAAUUCUGCACAAUUCUGUAACCAAACGUGCAAGGCCGAGUUUGAAAAAAAAAAAGAAAACAAAAAAAGAAGAAUCAAAAAUAAGAAAGUCGAGCCUCGAGCAGUGUUUGAGUUUGUUCGAGUGAUCGGUCAAUUCUGAACAGACUCCCAAGCAACUGUGUCAUCGUGGGACGGAACGCGUGAUCGUAUAAGAGGAGAUCCAACAACCCGAUAUCGUUCUCGAUCGUUUGGUGGCGAGGUUUGAGCUUCAUCUUUCGAGUUACCUUCUGUCCGUCCGGCAAAUCAAAAGCAACAGAAGUGAAAAAAAAAAAAAAAAGAACGACACGCGAAAGAAUGGGGAAAACGAAUAUAAAGUAAAGUAAAAACGAGAAACGAUUGUCGAGAAUAGCACAAAAAAACAGCGAUCGCCAGAUACAUUUCGCAGAAGUUGUACGGAAGAAGGAGAAACGCGUGAA